AUGGGUUCUCUGGUCCUGCAGCUGAGCGCUGUCUUCUGCCUGAUGGCUUGCUCGGUUUCAGGCAGCCCCAUCAUGGGCCUUGAGCAGUCACCCCUGGAAGAAGACAUGCCCUUCUUCGACGACAUCUUCACAGAGCAAGACGGUAUGGACUUCAACACACUGCUACAGAGUAUGAAGGAUGAGUUUCUCAAGACGUUGAACCUGUCCGACAUUCCCCAGCAGGACACAGCCAAAGUGGAUCCUCCAGAGUACAUGCUAGAACUCUACAACAAAUUCGCCACGGACCGGACCUCCAUGCCAUCUGCUAACAUCAUCCGGAGCUUCAAGAACGAAGAUCUGUUUUCUCAACCGGUCAGUUUUAAUGGGAUCCGGAAGUACCCUCUCCUCUUCAAUGUGUCCAUCCCUCACCAUGAAGAGGUCAUCAUGGCCGAACUCAGGUUGUACACACUGGUACAAAGAGAUCGUGUGAUGUAUGAUGGUGUGGACCGGAAGAUCACCAUCUUUGAAGUACUGGAGAGUGUCGAGGGUGGCAAGGAUGAAAGGAACAUGCUGGUCUUGGUGUCAACAGAAAUCUAUGGAAUCAACAGUGAGUGGGAGACAUUCGAUGUCACGGAUGCCACCAGACGUUGGCAAAAGUCAGGCCCAUCUACCCAUCAGCUGGAGAUCCACAUCGAGAGCACACAAAACCAAGCUGAAGAUACCAGAAGGGGUCAACUGGAAAUAGAUAUCAGUGCCCAGAACAAGCACGACCCUUUGCUUGUUGUGUUUUCUGAUGACCAAAGCAAUGACAAGGAGCACAAAGAGGAACUGAGUGAAAUGAUAACUCAUGAGCAAGAUCUGGACCUGGACAUAGACAUGGAUGGUUUUUCCAGCAGACCUGAUGAAGAGGCCUUGUUGCAGAUGAGGUCUAACAUGAUUGAUGACUCUACUGCUCGAAUCAGAAGGAACGCCAAGGGAAACUACUGCAAGAAGUCCUCACUCUACAUCGACUUUAAGGAGAUUGGUUGGGACUCCUGGAUCAUCGCGCCACCUGGGUAUGAAGCCUACGAAUGCCGUGGUGUCUGUAACUACCCUCUGGCAGAGCACCUCACACCCACAAAACAUGCUAUUAUCCAGUCCUUAGUCCACCUCAAGAAUUCCCAGAAAGCUUCCAAAGCCUGCUGUGUGCCCACGAAGCUGGAUCCUAUCUCCAUUCUCUAUUUAGAUAAAGGUGUUGUCACCUACAAGUUUAAAUACGAAGGAAUGGCUGUGUCUGAAUGUGGCUGUAGAUAG